UGAUUUUAAUCUUGAAUGUCAUUUAUGCGGAGGGCCUCCUUGAACAGUUCAAGUCAAAGCUACUCUUCGGUUCUGAUCUACAAUGAAUACCCAUUCCCUGCUUCUUGCAAUCACUCUUCUACCUUUGACAAUAGUACUUCUACUCGAGGUAAGUCAAAUCAUCUCAAAACGGAUUCGAUUUAACUACGCCUAGAGCAAUUUCUCUGCAGAUAGGCAUUUUAUAGAUUCCAGUUUUGAUUUGUUACUAGAUAGACUGUUGUUUUAACUUCUAUCUUGUGUAAGACUCCUCGUUUGCAAGGUUUUCAAACCCUCGAGUGGCUUUUCUAGAUCGCAUUGCUCGUAAUACAGAGUAAAACAGGAAUUAUACACAAUAAGUGUUUGGCUUGAGACUUAUCGAGUAAGUUUUCCUUCGUAAGUAAGGAGAUUAGCUGCGAUCAAUGCCACCCAAAAUCUGGCGUAAUCCUUCAAACAGAUGCAAUUUAGUUCUCGAUUGUUGAUAGCAAGUUUCCAACAAAUAUUUCCAUCACUUUUGCAGAGUUUAUGUAUAUACACUUGCUGUGUUUUAAAUGCCCCCUCUGUGUGAUUCACUUUUGUUGUUAUUUACGCCGCGAAAAUAUGCAUUUUCCAUCCUAAAUGACCUUUCACCCUAUUAUGCAAAGAUUGAUCUCUCUGUAGUGUGUUUUCUUUGUAAUUCAAGCGACCUCUUCCAAAUUGGAGUGUCUGACUCUGCUUUUAUCAUAACUUACCUUGGUUUAAAGACACUUUUUGCGGACAUUUUAAAGUCAAUUUCGAAGAAAAUUUAAAAUGAUACAUGCUACAGCGAACAAAAACUGACGAGCAAAAACGACGGAAAAAGCAGUUGGCUUUUUUUGAGUCUCGUUAACAAUGGAAAUUGGAAAUGCAAGGGUUAUCGUAAACCUGACUCAUCCUUUACAAACACACAACCUGUUCCAACUUAAUUUGCGAUACUGAGCAAUUUGAGUGAUACUUAACUGUCAUUGACGUAAUUAUCUAUAGUACAGUUGCUUUGUGAAUGUAUUAGAAGAAAAUAAUUGUCGGCUUUGCGCUUAAAAACGUGAGCUUAUCAAACCACCCGGCAUGCCGGAAAUCAAGGAUAUAUUACUAUUCUGUGAUUGUUAGGAGAGUUAGAUUUUAUAUCACUAACAGCUUUAAUUUUGAUUGAAUCGCUUAUUUCAUGCCUUGUUCCUGAGACCGUACCACGAUUUAUUGUAUAAGGGAUAGAUUUAAGAUUUCAACUCAAAUAAUCAUAGUAUUUUAUAUAAAUAGUAGGGGAAAAUCCCACCAUAUUUGCCUUAAAGUCCAAUAAUUCCUCACUUUUCAAAGGUGAUAAAACGACUUUGAGGGUUUGUAAUCGUGGAUAGUUCUUCUUGUUGCUGAUUGAUAUGAAGAAGUCUGUUCGACACUAAAAGAGAGCAUGAGAUAGAACUGAAGCAGACUGUAAUUUUCUUUGACGACUUUUUCGUAAUCAAUUCAAUAUAAUCGUUUUUAUUAGGUUAAUUCUUCACUUGUGGUAGUUUUAGCCAAAGUCAAUUCAUUUGAGUUGGAAAAUCGGUUUAAAUUACAUGAGACAGCUUUAGACAUUAAACUAGACUGACUGAAAUUUUUGCGAAAGAAAAGUACAUUUAUAAAACUGGAAAUUCUUUUAAUUUACGGUUUAUUUGCUGUUUCUGCAACGUAAACAAUAUCUGCGACGUGUAAAAUCGCGAAAAAAAAAAAUCUUUUUCAGUGGAGAAAGAAACAAAGAAAAUAUUGAUGGUGUCGAUCCGUUCCAACUGUGCCCGGGGGGGACCUUGCAUAUGAAAGGGGUGGGGAUGCUCGUCGGAAAUUUUGAAUUAAACCCCUAAAGGAGACCGAUCUGUGCGUGGGCCAAACUUUUUUGAAACCUAAAAGAGACCAUAUUAAAACACAGACAAAUGAGAAAACUUGGAUUAUAUGAAUGGAGUAAAUAAAAUGAAUUAAAAAUAUACAUAUCAAAUAUAUUUUUAUAUUUUUUCGCGUGACCUUCACGGCUAAAUAUGAUGGCGUUUUGCCCAGAACACCCUAAGUGAGACCAAAAUGCGAAAUUUACACCCCUAAGCGAGACGACGAGCAUCCCAGCCCCUUUCAUAUACGGAGUCCCCCCCGGGCAACAGUGAUCCUUGAGCUGUGAUAGUGUUUAGAGCUAAGUUGGCUACCUCAAGCUCAAUAUAGGGGAAAAAGCUAAAAGACUUGUUGCGAAUAAUUUCCUUUAAUCCUCAAUUUGUAAUUACUGCUACUGUUAAGUACCAAAUUUCACUAUGGCUGACGAUCUUAUCAAACAGUGAAAUUUAAAACUUGCACGUUAAAAAUCUUUUCAAAACCCUUGUACUUUUUUUUCCUCACAGACUCUUGGUAAAAACAACAGUUCGUCUGUUAAAAAAAGGGUCUCAGCUGCUACUAUUUAAGGGCAAAACCUCCCGUCUCUAAAUUGUCAAAAGUUGAUGAGACACUGAUCACGACUCUUUUGUAUUCAAUUGCAAUGUUCCAAUAGCAAUGCAAUAGCAAUAGCAAUGUCCAAUAGCAAUAUUUCCAAUAGCAAUAGCAAUGUCCCAUUCCAAUGUUCGGGUAUUUAUAAAAUUUAUAAAUUUUUUUGAUUCUGAAUUCUUCUGAGAGCAAACAAUUUAAGAGUAAAAUAAUGCAUAACCAUUUUUUAUAUGUUGGUUCGAGGUCUUUAGUAAUAAAGCUUUCUUUCUCUCAUUUCUCUAUAGAAACACGUGGAAGGCCAGCAAUGCGACAAGUGUAAAGGAUCAUUCUUCAACUUGCAGUCAGAUGAGCCUGAGGGCUGUAUACCAUGCUUUUGUUUUCAGCUGUCGAAAGAUUGUAAAUGCGCCGAUUUUUACAAAGACAUAGUAAGUCAUAAUACUUGUGAAAAAAAAAAAUUGAAACGACUUCAAAUCUCAAAACAAAAUGCAGUCAAUUAUAGCCUUGUGGACCCCUCGCUAUUACGGUCCCUUCAACCAUCAGGGAGAGCAGCCAAAUUCCCGACAAGAAUCAAUUGCAGACGUUUGACUGAAAGAAAGUUCUGUUACUAUGGACUCUUGUUAUUACGAGAACUUACUCACGGUCCCGGGAGUGUCCACAACCGGCGGAAGUAGUGUACAUGCGCAGUGUCUAUCGUCUGUAUUUGUGUAUUGAGCGGUCUGCUUUGAUCUAUUUUUCUUCUAUUUUUGGUUCGUUUGUUAUCAUGUGUUUGUUUUCACAUUCUGGCAAACACAAAGCCAAACUGAAUUGUCGUAACAUGUUACAGAUGAUGCAUACUAGAAAUUUUGUCACAAAAAAUACCGGCAGUGGUAACGCAAUUCGCUAUUUACACCUCCACACAAUACACCUUGUUUGACAUCCCCCCCCCCUCCCUCAAAAUGUGCAUAAGUAGUGUAUUCAAUUUUUUUUGAAACGACUGAAAUACCCAGGAGAAACGAAAAACAAAGCUAUGCAUUGUUGGGGGGAGGGGGGAGGGGGGAAGGAGGGCAAAUAAGGUGUAUAGUGGCAAACGAGGUGUAUUGUUGGAAAUGUGCAAAUAAGUCAAUUGCACGAUGACGAACUUUAACUUCAACUGCCAGAAUCCUUAUUAAAGUUUCGCCACAUCAGUGUUCCAAAACAGUGCAAAACGGUGGCCAGGUUGGUAUUCCAAACCGGACUUGUGGGAGUUGAACCUCUUUCUCACAUAAAAACUUUCUUUUUUGUUCCAACGAAUUGGCAAUUAAGCUGCUGGCCACAUAAGUGACAACGCUCUAUGACUAUAAGAAAGCAAAAACGAAAUGAAUUCUGGAAGAUGCAGUCAAAUGUCGCCUUGAAAAUGAACUAUUGGUUUUCCUAACACCCAUCUACUGCAUAGCGAUUUAUCCGGUGGAUACCUCUAUGAUCCUCCAUCCAACUUUUGAAAACUGGGGCCAGAUAGAUAAUCAAAGUGAAACUGCACCUCUUGUCGCAUUUUCUUUAAAAAUGCUUAGUAUCUUGUCAGUAUGAGGUUAUAACAUUAAUGCUAUCAAGUUUUCAUAGCACCCACUUUCCUUUUUUAUGUUUUAGAUCCCUGUGCUCAUCGCCAUGAUUAAAGGCCCCGACUACCUACGUCUCACAGACUUGUCACGUGAUCCAAUAAUUAGUUCAGACAUCGUGGUUCAGGGUGAUCCGGCACAUUAUGUCUAUGACAAGUUUGAUAAGCUGCCUAAAGUCACGUAUUAUUGGUUCCUGGGGAAGGAGUUUAGAGGAGACAUGGUAAGUCUUUAUUCCCGCCUUGAACAUUUAAUAGUGACCAACAUGCAGUUUCUCCAUAUAGGGACGAAGCUCAGUCAAACAACCAGGUUAGGAGAACAACAGGAAAUAUCAACAAGUAAUACAGGUCGUGAUUGCUAAGCGAAUUUGCACGAUACAAGAAAGCCAGGGGAAAAAAGGUGUGAGAGGCGAGGGUGACGCGCGAGAAGACGGAACCAGAGAUUUUUUUCUCGGCUAGUGUGCUGUCCUAGUUAUUUUUUUUUUCGCGCUACUAUCACGCUAAUUCGCGCUCGGCUGAAAAACAAGUGAUAUUCAGGCUGGAACUUUGGUGACCUCUCGGCUUAAUAGGCCUCUGGUUGAUUAUAGGGCAAAUCUAAGUGCGAGAGAGAGGGGAAAACGGAAGUGGAGAGGGCUGUAGCCUCCAGCCUUCCUCUACCUACCGCCUAUUCUUGAUCGUUCCAGGGAGCCUUUUUGCUGGCCAAUGUGACCAAUUUACCCAUCCCCAUCCCUUCCCUGCCUCCCCAAACGGUUUUGGGUAUUUCUUUCUUUUAAGUAGGCAAGGUGUCGCGAAAAAUGGAAGUAAAAACAAAUAAUGCCAUUUAUCUGAGACCUCGUUCAUGGACCUUCUUUUUUUCCACAGAUUACGAGCUAUGAUGGUAUCUUGCGUUACACAGUUUCACAUGAAAUGGAUCCGGGAGGCAAACUGACCUCAGAAACAGAUGUUCAGUUGAGGGUAGGUUGUGUUUUUUACAAUAACUAAGCGAAUCCUCACGCGCUGAUUGGUCGAGAGCUAUGGUCUAUGCGAGUAUAGACCGUGAAAAUGACGUAACAUUUUCCGAGAAACUUCGCAGGAAACGAAAAAUAAAUGUUAUUGUAAAAAACAAAUCGACCACAAUUUUCCAUGGUCUACACUCUUUUAGACCAUAGAAAUUACGCCAUAAAAUGUUGAAACUUUGCAGUGAAACUUGAGUUUUGGACAUUUUAUGACGUCAUUUCUAUGGUCUAUGAGAGUGUAAACCAUUGUGAAAUUGUGGUCGACUUGUUAAAUACACUCCGUACCCCGAAAUAUACAAGAAUUUUUUUGGCAACAUUAUUUCUUUAAGCAUCCGCUUACUGGCUUUUCGGCUUUUGACAGCACAUAGAGAACUGAACAGAAACACUUUCAGUUAUGUAGCCUGCGAAACAGCAGACGCAUUUCCGGUCGUCGCUUCUCUCCCUCCGAAACGACGACCGGAAAUGCCACCAUUUCGCAUGGUAUUUGAUACUCUAGAGUAAGCCAUCGAAAGCCUACGUUAAAGUGCGGACGCGGAAGCUAAAGCCAGAAAUCUUCACCUAAAACGAAUUUAAUUUAACUGUAGGCCAAAGGAAGGCUAACCUGGACUGCGUGGUAACUCUUUGACAUUUUCCACCUUUUUUUACUUGUCCUUCCAUGACACCCUCGCGUUGCCUUUUGCUUACGUGUUUGUUGGUUUGUUUUUCAUAUCUUAUAGGGGAGAGGAAUUGUUCUGAACUUUAGCCAUAGGAGACGUCUUGAAGGAGGAAAGAAAAUUUUUUAUGGCCUAAAAUUCAACGAGGUAGUUUACAUGUUACGAACUUGUGUCAACACAAUGUCGUCUGCGAGCGGGAAAUCACGCGUCUGUGGCGAAUCAUUCAAAAAGAGACGUGAGAGUUUUUUCUUCCUUGUUCCACUUGUCUCCACUCGCGGCUCUUACUGCUUGCCAAUCGAAUUGGAGGCCAGGGUUAGGGUUGAUUUCCACUGCCGUGUAAUUUUUGCGCGCGUAAAUGAAAAAGAGGCAAUGUAUGAAAAGGCCACGCGUAAACGUAAAACUUUUACGUAUACACGUGACCUUCCAUACAUUGUCUCUAUUUUAUUUACGCGCGUAAAAUUUAUGUGCGUUCGCACGUAAAAAGUACGCGACGGUUGAAAUCCACCCUUACUCUAAGCCGGACGUCUGUCUGGUGGAAAAGAGUAACGUGGCCUCCGGGACGAUUCUGUGUGCUUUUCUCUGUUUUCCGCUAGGCGUAGCCUGGAUUGCGAGCGUUUUCGCGCUUUUUAACUGAAAGGAGGCUUAAAACGGUUCAUUUGUUUGUGAACGUUAGAACGUGCGUAGGUUUUCUCUAACACCGACUGCUAUUACACCAGGACUACCUGAGGUUCCCAAAUCGUAGCCGUGUAACAAGAGAGGACGUAAUGACUGCGCUGUCUUCUGUGGAGAGCAUCUUAGUUCGAGCAACUUAUAGCACCACCACAACACAAGCCAGGUUAGAUUAAAACUAACUUAUUGGACGUUCUUAUACCGUUCGUGUAAAGGCUGUAAUUAGCUUUGUUAUUUAUUUAUUCAUUUUUAUUAUUAUAUGCUGCAUAUUAAUGUUAUCAUUUUGUCGUAAAAGAAAACACCGUUGCUUUACGGAAUCGAAUUUGUAUAGUUGCAUACAAGGACGGCUGGCAUCCAACACCGUGCCUCAAGCAAGGGAGAUAAAAAAUUCUAGACCCCCGGCAAGAUUGGAACCCAUGGCCACCCAAAACCCCCUAUUCAGUGAGCAACGCUAAGUUAAUAUUUUGGUCUCAAGAAUCUCCAAAUUUGUAACAUUCAUUUACCGAGCUUUGAAUUUGCCAUCUUUAUUAUUUCAUAAAAUUGCGUACUUCGAAUAAAAUCCCCUGUUAACUUUCGCCAACACGCCAAGCUACUAUGCUGCACCAGGAAAUAGUGAGCUGCUUGGACUCAGCUUUGCAUGACAUACUGCGCAUGCCUCGCCAAUAUCUUAAGCUAAACGUUCCCCUUCCCUGAUAUAUUCUGUAGUCUAUAUGACGUUAAGCUGGAAACAGCAGUGAAGCAAGAAACAAGAUACGGAAAAGCCAAAAACAUCGAGGAGUGCGCAUGUCCUCCGGAAUACACUGGUACAUCUUGUCAGGUGUGUCUAUGAUAAUUAACAGUUAAUGAAUGAGGCUGAGUAUCUUUUGAAGAAUUAUGGAGAUCGAGGAGGGUGUUAUCCGUCGAGGCCGUAGGCCAAGGCGGAUAACACCCUCCGAGAUCUCCAUAAUUCUUCAUAUGAUACGAAAGCCGAAUUCAAUAACUGUUUUAUUAUUCAUUCAAAAUAAUUCCUAGUUUAAAAGCAUAGCUAAAACAUGCUUACCUCCAUCGAUCCAUCGAUGUUGAGUUCAUCUUCGAUAGUGUACGUUUAGGUUUGUCCAGGUCCGCAGAUAUUCUCCAAAUAGCAGAUGUCGCCCUUCGAGUUGUCUUCUUGCUGUUCUUGCUAUGUUUUUAGCUAUUUUUUCGCUUAGUUCUUACUCUUGAAACGAGUGAAAUGUCCGCCAUUUUUUCAAGUUCACAACCAAAACAACUCAACCUCGUCCCCAGGUCUUCUCGGUUAACGGUGCCUAACCUGCGAAAACGCUGCAUUUUUGACGUCAUUUCCUCGUUAAAGUAAAAAUUCUUUCAAACUUGGUCAUUAGUAACUGGUUAUGGUGAACUAAACGUGUGCUUUUAGCCAAUCAGAAUCGGGGAAAUAUUUUGAAUGAAUAAUAAUGUAAAUUAAAGGUCAAUCACACAUCGGCUUUCAUUCGUUCGCCACACUUACGUAUCACCGAUCUAUCAUUUCAUGCCUUAUUAACUUCUUUGGUGGAAAGCCCUUUUUUGGUUUGGUCAGUGUUAAUAAAGUGCAAUGCAAUGGAUAAGAAGCCCCUUAGCCUACUUUGGCAUUUUUAUCUAUUUAUGGAUUCAUUCAUUUUUAUUUAUUUAUUGUUACUAUUAUUAUUGCCCCCGCAGGGAUUUCGCCCAGAGGCGAAAUCCCGAGGAGGCACCCUAGUAACUCGCGCGUAUAUUAAUGACAGUACUUACAGUUCAAAUAUACAGUCAGUAUACUAGAAAAACUCUCGAUUUGCUCGAACUGGGGCCGCGAGGAAUCGGUAGGUAAUAAUGACGUUUCUAUUGUUUGCGCCCGCAAGUACGAAAUGGUUAGGAUGACGUAAAGACAGAAAAUCCCAAAGGGACCGCUCAGGUAGAUUUUGUGACAUUUAUUGUGCGGUCAUACUUCGACACUCUUUUGCUUUACACAGUGACAUUCUGUGGAGCAGUUGUUUUGAAAGUUAUGGACCAAAAGACACUCGUUAAGCGCAGGAGAGGUUAUAAGGUGGCUGCGUUUAACUGUGUAUAUAUAAACACUUGGAGAGUUUGCCAGACACGAGUUCACAAAUCUUUGAUUUAUAUUGGAAACCUUGCGAGACACUCUUUCUCUCUCUUUGAUCGGAAUAAGACUCAGCCCCAAACAAGCAAGACGAGUGAACAACGGCUAGCUUAUCACUAGCAGAUUGUUGGACAUUUACAGAAAUUCGCCGACAAUCAAAUUCUGUGCUGACUUAUUCCCUGCUCACAGAUGUCCUUCCGUUAUAAGACUAGAAUGCGCGAGCGUGAAUCGGUCAAACGUCCUUUUAACUUCUAAGGCUUACUUUCCGGCAAAUAAAAUGAACUGAAUGUAAAAAGGGAGAGAGAAAUAGCGAAAAUUAAACUUCUAAUUAAAUCUUUUCUUAUGGUUUAGAAUAAACUAUUCUCGAAACUGAGAAUGUUUUGAUCAAAGCUGUGUAAAUCGAGCUAAAACUGUGCAUGGAACCUUGCGUUUCCUGUAUUUAUCUCACCUAUUGUAUGGAAUAUGUGUGAAAAUCUUCAUUAUGAAUCGAUAUAUUCAAAGAGCUACACAGCCAGCAGGAAUACUGUUGACCGACAAUAUACAGAACGGAGGCAGCUGUAGUGUCAACUAUUUCUAGUUAGUAUUUUUCUGGUUAGCUAUAUUUGUCUUCAUCGUGCACAACUUUCAGCGACAUUUCUAUCAUUAUCAAGUGACUGAACCAACAGAAAAAAAAGGGACAUUUUAAAUUUAUGGAGUCACAAUUUGUGAACAAAAAGAGAGGAUUAUGCACAGUCAGAGAGUUCCCAACAUAAAUGGAGGCACCGUUGUUUUCAUUUUGGUGUUCGUCAACUUUUAUAAACAAUCUCUUCUGCCAACUAUCGAUAGUGUUUGUUUACCAGUUUGAGACUGCAUGUUGUAAAUCUGAUGGACAUUUUCUUUUUAAGUGUCUGAUUCACAAGGGUGUGAACAAAGAGGGGAAGAAAUAUAUUCCUUGAGAACUUAACUAUCACCUGGUAGAACGGGCGGAAGAUUUGAAACUCUUCUGUCUGAAUACAAGAUAUUUUUGAAACACUUUUUCCAAAGCUGCCUAUACGCUAGCCUAACAUCCACAAUGAAUAAAACUUGCAAAAAAAAAAGUCACAUUGAGUCUAACACGACAGUGUAUUAACCUAAUCACGAGUGUGUUCAUUCUGCAGCAAUGUGCCCGUGGAUAUACGCGCUUGUACCCGGGUCCAGACUUCUCUCCUUGUGUACUGUGUUCCUGUAAUGGGCAUUCAAAGGAAUGUCACCCUGAAAAUGGCCAGUGCUUGGUGAGUAUUUAUAUUUGCUCUCUUUGUUAACAAUCCGCAAAUCGCAUUAAAAAAGAAAUAAUGUUGAAACCUUACCAAAACGUGUAAACUCAUCCUAAUCGACGUGGAGAAAAAUCCAAUAUUAUUGUUUUGCUGAUCUUUUUAAAUGAAUGUUCAAAGGUAUUGUAUUUCUCACAAGCCAUUUUGAAACAAUAACAAAAAAUGACGCCCCUACUCAGUAAAAUAAUCCAGUUUCGAGUUGGCUAUCGCCUGUUGAAUGACAUAAGUGAAGGAGCAUUUAUUCUUUACAGGCGUAGCCUCCAUCUGAAGUAAACAUAAAUUAUAAGACGUUGUAUGAGAAAUAUUCUUUGCUCACUUAAUUGAUAAAAUGUGCAUUGAAUAUCGCCUUGAAGCUCACCUUUAGCCUUUUCUUGUUUUUCUUUGUGUCUGAAUACAUUUCAGACCUCCUAGGCACUGUUUAAUGCCUUUUUUUGAGCGACAGUUUUUCACCCAGACGACAGUAUGGUCAUUUUAAUUUUUUUAAAUUUUAUUCUUAAAAUCGUACUUGUAGAAAUGUCUUUAUCGUGUUUAUAAAAACCUUGCACUCGCUUGUUUUAUAUGUAAUAAUAUUGGUUAUCUACAUUCUUUUUGAUAAUUAUGUAUUUAUUACUAUUUCCUUGGUUGCGAAUUCCAGGCUUGUGAUCACAAUACCGCAGGCGUCAAAUGCGAGAAGUGUGCUGUUGGUUACUAUGGCGACGCCACCAAAGGAACGUCUAAAGACUGUGAGCCGUGUCCGUGUCCUCUGAUGACCCCAUCCAAUCAGUAAGUACCUCAGAGUUCCGGUUAGUUCCUGCCCACCCAUGAGAGGCCCAUGGGAGCUCUUUCUUGUCCAGUUUCAAUUUUGUGUUUUAUUAAAAUACGGUAAUUUAUGAAAAUGAUUUUAAAUCAAAGGAAAAAAUUAACCCAAGGAUAAAACCAAAGCACAAUCUAAACGUUGCCUAUUAAGAUUCCGGCCUCAGAUGUCCCGUUUUUUCUAAGCCUUGGGCUCCGAAGAUGUUGGCUAUUGCAUCGAACACAUCAUCAAGCUACGCUAUGAAGUCAUUAUGGAAACUCACACAAAGUAAACCACUCUUGUCUCACCUUAUUUACUCUUAAUUGAAGAGUGUGACCUGAUUCUGAUCAAUGGUGCUGAUGUAACUGUUUAACAGGUUCAGCCGAAUUUGCAAGCUAGACACGGACGGCAGACCAACGUGUACCUCAUGUCAACCUGGUUAUACUGGCAGGAACUGUGAAAGGUAUGUGGAUAAUUCUUCUGAGUCCCGUUCCUGAGAGAUAUUUCUUUCUUUCCUUUUUAAUGUAUUUUUUGGCUUGUUUGUUGUUGUUUUUUUUUUGCUGUUGCUGCCGUUGUUUGUUUGUUUUUUUUUUUACGUAUUCGUUGUUUGUUUUUUUUAGUUUUCAACUUAGUCUAGAAGAGCUAUUAUUUGUUUAUCCAGGACCGGGUUGUUCGAAGUUUGGUUCAGAUAUUCAAGCAGAUAUUCAGAUAUGAGAGCUUAAAAAGUACAUUCAGUUUAAUUCUUUUUGUCAACAAGUUGUUGAUUGGAUGCUCUUAAAAAAUAGUUAAGGCAUGGAAAACAAAUUCUUGGAAAACAAAUCAGGUCGAAUUUUUUGCGUUCGACAAGUUUACAAAUUCUUGCCAAUAAAUCUGGGUGCGUGCAAACCAAUCUUUUAUAUAUUUUUUUAUACACCACAUCUGAGGAGAAAGAGUACCAUGAGGCGCUGUUUUUAUCAUAAAGACCUCGUACAAAAUGCAGUAUUUCGCAAUUUUUCAAGACAAAUUGAAUUCAUUCAAUAUUCAGGACCAUCGAAGCAAGCGUGGACUUUUAAUUAGCGAAACCGUUCAAAAAAUUUACAAAAUCAUCUAUACGGCCAGCCGGUUCUAACUUUUGACAAGCGCCAAAUUUGCGAAGAAAUUUUAAAAGAGUUACGCUUCAACGUGAUAAAGAAUUUACUGAGUCUAUUUUUUAUUAAUGGUUUUAUAACGAUGUGUAAUCUUAAAAAGCGUUUGAUACGCUCGGCAUUUUGAGUACUCCUGCAAGCGAUGUUUUUGAACGGCUGAAAACAAAGGGCAAAGCGAUGAAAAUUACACUUUUGAGACUACCAACAAUCAAUAAAGAAAUAUAAUUCGGUAGAACAUUUAGAGACAACAAUUUUCAUUCACGAAAACAAAUGAGUAUUUAAGUGUCUCUAAGAAUCCUCAAGUCUUUACGAGUAAGAUUAAAGAUUAAGUUUAUGUUUUAAGCCGCCGGUUUCCCGGUGUUUGCUGUUUUCAAAGAUGAACUCACGACAAGAAAAUCGCUCAAAGCUUUCUUUCUACAGCCAAAAUUAUAACUAAAUAUUCUUCGGAAAGUCUUUUCUUUCGAUUUACGGUGAAAGGCUUUUUAAAGUUCUGUAAGCUUAAGCUUAUAUCAAACCUCAUACUAGGUCAGAUCAGUGUCUCAGUCAAAUCUUAAUACAAACGUGCAUAAACCAGCUUCAUAAACUGCGCCGCUGGACUUCAUGAAAUUAUAUUUAAAUACAAUAAUUACUCAGGCUUACCAUAAUUCGAGAUGCAGCUCCUGAAAGCUAUCAAGUAAGGCAAGGAUCGCUUGAGCCUUUAUAAUUCUCGUACGCAUCCAGCAAGGUGAAAAACAAAAACGAUGCCAUCCAAAAUCGGAUUAGCGGCUUUGACAAGCGACGCAUUUCUCAACCAAAAACCCAAUAAACAAGCCGGCCAUGAAUAAGAGAACACUCUUGAUAGCAGCUGUAUUUCAUUUUGUAUAUCCAGUGGAAAAAGACAGUUAAAAACAUCACAAGUUAACUCAAACUCUGUCAGCUUCAGCGGUCAAAGUAAACAACUUUCAAGAUGCUGCAUAAAUUUUAUGCAUGAACUCACCUGUCAAAUUUUAACCAAUCAGAGCAUAAAAGUUGGACGUGGAGCGUGAUCAACACGUGACCAUGGUAAGAAAAGGUCUUCCCCGCCUGUAUUUUAAAAAAACUAGCUGAAUUUUUGCGUCUGAGGUCAGUUUGAAAUCAAAAUCGUAAUAGUGCGGGACGAUACCGACAUAAACACAACAUAUUUGAUAUGAAUUUAAAAAAAAGUAAACGUGAGCCUGCGAUCAUUUGAAAACGAGUAAAUUGUCAGCGGAUAACUUCAAAAAACACUCGACCUUGAUGGGUCGACACCUGAGCCCGCGACACGGUCAGGUGAUACUGGUCAGCGGAUACCCUGUUUUGACAGCUGUCAAUUGAUGACCACAUUGAUGUGCAGUCAGCUUUCUCCUGGGCUCCCAACGUAACUAGAAAGCGUGAGAGUAAACAUUGGUAUGCCUGUGGUGCGGACGGACGGUCGGUCGGUCGGUCGGUCGGUCGGUCGGUCACGUGAUUACCAAAUUUUCUGGGAUGGGUAGAUUUAUUUACCCAUGGUGCUCCGCAGGCGCGCUUCGCGCGCGGAGCUCCGCUAAAACUAUCCGAGAAAAUGCUUUUGAACAAAAGAAACAGAAAACCAGGCAAAUUUAACCCUGGGUUAAGCGCUAAUCGGCCUUCGAAUAACUGGACCCAGAAGAUAAUUCUUUGGUUCACCCAUCAAUGCAUUGCGUUAUCGUCAUUGUAGAUAAGGUCUAGUGCUCCUUUUUAGUGGUUUAACCGGUUUGGCAGGAUUGCGAUAAUGCCAAAGUCUAUUUUCGUAACUGUGCACGUUCUAUCCUGCACGCUUUCAUUAUCCGACAAUUGUUAAAAUUCCGAUUCACUGAUUCGGUCAAUACCAGGUUAAUUUCGGUGAGGGUAAGAGGCGGAAUGAGUUUGCGGAAUGGCAUGUGUUAUGGCUUGCGGAAUGACAUAAUUAUGCGGAAUGUAAAAUAUAGAAAAUGGCGCAAAGAAAUAAAUUAAAUUGAAAAACAUGCGCGCGUCUUUGCCGCGCCUUUUUUGGCGCCAAUUUGAGUGAGCAACUUUUUUGCUGGUCCAUUUAUUACUGCUGGCUUAAACCAACAAGGCAGAGCAGAAAGUAGUGAUAAGCUUUACUACAUUCGUGUCUUUGUAAUACUUAAUUUAUUUUUGUUGCUUUAGACAAUACUUUUCCUCUUUCUGCCCACCAUUAUAAUAAAGUCAAAUGUCAAAACGCUAGAGGGAAAAGAACGCUCGUUGAACGUGAAGUCGGGCUAGCUACGAUUCUAGGGAUUAUCAAUUAAUACGGUGGACGAAUCAGAAAAUAUUGGAGACUAAAUGAACGCCCCGAGUCAAACAUUAAUCUGUACUCCAGAAAUCGAGUGAAGUGAACCGCUCUUGUCUCCUUUUGGCCCUUCCGUGUGUCUUCGCACCUUCCUUGUUUGUGUGAGUGUGUGAGUUUGAUCGUGAAAAAAUACUAAAACGGUAGGAAGGGAAAAAAAAAGAAAAACAGACAAACACUCAAUUGCCAGGAUUCGAACUCGCUCUUCUCCUCCAGCUGUCAUUUUCGCGUGCAGGAAACUUAACCAGGCAGCUAAGGAAACAAAAUACAGGAUCCGUUUCAUCUUUGAAUAUCAUGAUCAUGUAACCCACCGUCUGAAAAAGAAACACUUCUCACGCGGUUGCAAAUACAAAUAUAGGUAGAAGGAAACCGUAAAGUUAAUCGUGCGAACAUCUUUUGCACAAAAAAUUAAAGCAGAAUGGAGCGUGACCUUCCAAAACAUAUUUUCGUCAAUGGCCGACUUUCGUCCUGUAGUAUCGGUGCUGCCAUGCAGCCCGACUAAUAAAGGCAAGAAGAAUCUUUGAAGCUGUGCGGAAAAUGCUAAUCGACAAUUAACCUUCGUGGAUUUCUGAUUGUCAUCGUGCAACAUUAAAAAAGCGGCUGCGUUUCCAAAUUGAUUGGCGCAAAAAAAGGGCGCACUUUUCAGUUUAAUUUAUUUCUUUGGGUCAUUCUGCAUAUAUAUUACAUUUCACAUAAUUAUGUCAUUCCGCAAGCCAUGCCACAUGCCAUUCCACAAGCUCAUUCCGCCUUUUACCCUCACCGGGUUAAAUUUUGUUUGUUUGCUUGUUCGUUUUUGUUAAUCGUUUUACACGGCGUUUUAGGUGCGAAAAGGGAUACUUCGGAAAUCCUUCAAAAGUCGGAGAGAAGUGUAUCAAGCUACCAGGUAUGUAAUUAUCGAACCAGUAAAACUAGAGACUAACUUGCUUACAAGGCACAAGCAGAAAUACGAAGAUUUUAACACCCCUCUGUAAGGAUACGAUCAAUUUUACAGUUCUGGAUGACUUACAGUACCAAUCCUUCGAAAUGCUUUGCGCAAAACUUAGACCAGCUCGUCUCCCAAGGGGAUGCAAUUCUAUUGUAGUUGGGACGCUUUAUCAUCUGCCAAGCGCCAGUGACCCUGCGAUAAUGGAAUAUUUAAUCAAGUGCUUAUCAACCAUUGCAUCGUGCUAUCCCAACUGUGGUAUUCUGAUUGCUGGGGAUUUUAACAGAUUGCAAAUAACACGCCUCCGAAACAAUUUCCAGCUAAAGCAAAUGGUCCACUUUCCAACACGAGGCAGAAGGACACUCGAUUUAAUCCGUACAAAUAUUUCUGAGUACUAUCAGGAUCCCAUUGAACGCCCGGCUUUCGGUUUAUCUGAUCACGCCUCAAUUGAGCUCCAACCGAAAGAAAGAGCACAUGUGAAGCAACCUACUAUCACCAUUAAAGCGAGGAAUUUGCGCCCCAGUAAGCGCCAAAAACUUCUUAAUACAAAUGAAGCUAACUAUCUAACCAUUGAAACCCUGCCCAGUGGUUUAAUCAGUCUACCCAAUAAAAACGUGGCCUCCCCGAUUCUUUGCGAAUAGUUGUUUCUACCCGGCAAUUUUUUUUGCUUUUUCCGUUUCUUUCUGUUGGCAAACCAGUGUGUUUCGUCAAAAGAAGCGAAAAUCAGUAGAAAACAUUAUUCUUACCAUUGAGGUACAGGGUACACGUAAACGAUCUCGCACAAAAAGUCUAACCCUUUUAGUUCUUCUCGCCAGAGCAAUAUGUGAAAGAUUUUUAAGGAUUUCAUACUGAUAAAGUUGUAAGAAUUGCCACCCCUUCCAGCUUUUUCGGGAGUUACACAACUAAGAAAAAACCCAGUCGAAAAUAAACCAACCCAGUGACGUUUUCAACGAGAAAAAGGGGAAGAUAUAGAUUCCACUGGGUCUGUUACAGAGCGGCAUAUUUUAAGUCACCUUUAAGGAUCUUUCUUGACUUGUAUAUGAUUGUAAUUACGAUCACCCGAAGCCGUCAGUUCUAUCCAGAUGAUUUGCCCCCGCAUUGCACCAGACGUGCUUCUAUCUGAUCGUCUCUAUUGCCUGCAUAUAUAUUAAGACGACUUGAGCGAUUAAGACAGUUCUGACGCCGGUCAUAAUGGUGCGUAUUUACCUUACUUCAUACCAUGGCCAAACAAAUAAAACAGGUGACUUAUUUCUCUGUUUAUAGUGGGAUAUCUACCAACUGUCAGAGUCAGGCCCAUGAAGCGCAUCAAGGAGGAAGGUAAAAACGCCGUGUUUUAUUGCUUUGCUGGCGGACAGCAAAGACCAAGAUUCGCUUGGACUCGGGAAGACGGACAACCGAUGUCGCGGCGCGUUUCAGUGAAAGGAAAAAGAUUAAAGAUCAGAGGAGUGCAGAAAGAAGACGAAGGAACGUACAUUUGUACCGCUAGAAAUGUUUACGGGUCCGAAACAGCUUCGGCAAAGCUGACUGUGAAAGGUAAAUGUUCCCUUGUCGAUACCUCUACUGCAUUUAACAGAAUUUAUGUCAGUUUCAAAUAAGAUAGACAUAUGAACACUGCUUCAUCGCAGCUUCUCAUUGAUGUUCUUUUGCUACAGCUGAAUUACGUAAGGCCUGGUGAAUAGCACAGCACACAAAUGAAUAAUUUCAAUACAUUUCGUCAUUCAUGUCAUUUUGAUGACGAAAAUCAGGCUAGUAUGACCGAAUACAAACAAAAGAGAGGAAUUGUUUGAUUGGCCAAUCGUUUAGGUUUUGCAGUAUGACGUGAAAGCAAAGUAUCGACUGAUUUCUGGAAAGUUCUCAGGCAUGACGUCUUUUCACCAGAGCGUUUGAUAAACCAAUCAAAUCGCUCUAUUUCCGUUCGUUUGUUGUUUCUGUUUUGAUCGCGUGUUUUCAUUUCAAGGUCAUACGAAAAUCGCUCUAAACUGUGAACUACUGUCUUUUUUUAGACGUUCUUGUAGACCCUAUUGCAGUAACUGUCUCCCCAAAAGUUCUCUACGUCCCAUUAAACAAAAGUGCACAGUUCACUUGCACAGCCAAAAGUGACGCUGAUUAUAGUCUCAAAUGGACGCUUGGUAUGUAUGGUGCACUUCCUGAAGGGGCUGUAGACGAAAAUGGUGUCCUUAAGUUUGAGAAUACACAAGGUAUUCACGAAGGGACCUACACAUGUACUGGUAAAAACUCAUUUACUAAUGACAUGGCCAGCGUUCAGCUGCGUGUGGGAGGUAAGAAAAUACUGGCUUCUGGAUAGCUAAAGGUACUGAAAAACGGGCAACAAAAAGCGUGCAACUUGUUUUGCAACAUUGCUGCAAAACGAUUUGAAUAGCGAUCUUACGCGUUUUACCACCCACGUUCAAACCUGUUAACAACCUGAUUUGUUGCGAGACAGGUUUUGAUGUGGCUGGUAAAACGCGCAACAUCGAUCUUCAACUCGUUUUGCAGCAAUGUUGCACGACAACUUGCACGUCUUUUGUUGCCCAUUUUCCCAUACCUCAAGCCUCGCCUAUUACAUUAACUUGUCAUUAUUAAUAUUUUCCUUCAUUUGACUAAAAUAAUAUAAAAAUAAUACAUUCGAACAUCCCGCAGGCGACCACGCAAAAUGUCAAGAUUUUGUUGUCGCUUACGAGGAUCAGCAACUCAACAGUCGAACAGGUUUUCAGUAGAACAGGCACCCAGAUAUGCUUUUACUCGGAAAAUGAACUCGGCUAAGAUGCCCCUCUUCUUGUUUAUGGGGUGUAAAUCGUAGAUUGCGGUGUGACUUGAGGUGUUUAAGACAGAAGUCAGACAUUGUUCCAAUGAAGGUAUGGCUAAUAAUCUAGAUUAAAUGCUUGCCACUAUUAGUAGGUGGUCAUUUGAUUGAAUAAACUUAACCUUUUAAAGAAAAAAUAAACGAAAGUGCCAAAUAUUUAGGGUAAACAGAUUUUCGCCUUAACUCAUAGCGAGUUACUAUUCCAAAUACUCCAUUUAAUCUUGUUUCUCGUUGUAACAGAUUUAUACAUAUAUAUGUCAAGUUUAGUAACGGUUACCAGCUGUAUGGAUUAGUGGAGUUCUGUCAUGCAAUUUAGUUUUUUACCUUCCUCUAUAAUUCAGUAUGGUUAAUGGUUAUAUUUAGUAUACGUAUGGUUAAUCUAAUGGCCGCAAAAGCGCUUAUUUUUCUUUUGUAGUGACAAGUCCGAAAGUGUCGAUUUCACCCGUACUACUGAGCGUGCGCGAAGGAGACUCGGCUCAAUUUCGCUGCUCAGCCAUUGGAUUUCCCGCUCCAGUCCUCCAGUGGCACGGUGGUCCUGACAGUAAACUACCAUCAGAAGCAAUAUUGUCUAAUGACAAUGGGCUUCUUACAAUUCCUAAAGUAGAGAAGAUAAAUGAAGGAAAGUACUUUUGCACCGCUGAAAACUUGGGUGGCAUUUCCGGUACUAGCGCGUUUCUGAAUGUCUCCGGUAAGAAAUUGAUCCUUCAUUGUUCCUCAUUUUUUCUUUGAUUUCGUUGAUUCUUUCCCAGGGGUUACAAACAAUAAAUAAAGCUUUGAAAAAUUGUUAGGUUAACACUGAAAUUUAAAAAAAAGUUCAUCUCCAUUCCAUUGCUUUUGAAGUUUUGAGCAGUUAUUUUUAUCUUUCGCUCGAUUUGGGUUUUGAUAUUUUUCGUGAAGUAGCUCCCUUAAGCAGAAAAUAAACACGUUUUCUACUCGGUGCCAACAUGGUUCCCAGGGUUCUUACCCCCCUACUUUCCCCUUCCCCCUCUCCCUCUCUCUCGUCAGCAUUAACACUUACUUCCCACUUAGGGCAAAAUGUUGGCUUAGGGAAGGGGUAGGUGGGCAGUUUCCCAGAAACGUAUAAUGAUCCCUGGGAACGAUGUUUGUUUCUUACAUCAGUUAUUCAUCAUCUUUUUAACAGCCGGUGGCAGCGUCCCUGAAAUCUCAGUCACUCCCAGCACUCUCAAUGUUAUAGAAGGUGAUGAGGCGUUAUUUGAAUGCUUUGCUGUUGGAGACCCGACUCCUACAAUUCGCUGGUCACGUGAGAAAGGUCAGCUUUCCUCGUCAUCUUCGUCCGAGAAUGGCGUGCUAAUCAUUUCCUCAACGAAGCUUGAAGACGCAGGAACUUACUUUUGCAGAGCUGCGAACAAAUUCGGAGCCAAGGCUGCACCUGUAACAUUGAAUGUUGAAAAAGGUAUUAUUUAGGCCCCGUUCAUACGUGUUAGGAAAUUUUUGAAUCCGCAACUUUUUCUUUGCGAAUUCGGCUUCUGUCCACACAUAUCCGGUGUAUCCGGCAUACGAAUCCGUUCGCCAAACUGGAAAUUUUUGAAUACGCUAUGAAUCCGGCAUCGCGUGGACGCUAAUUCCAGAUAUGUUUUUAUCCAGUGACGUCACAACAUCGAGCCCAGUUCUUUACCAUGAAUAUUCAAGACGAUGCCGAGCGCCAUGGGUUAUCGCUUCCACACUUCUUUGACUUCAGAUUCAAGUCAUAACUUGUGGACUGUUAAACCUAGUAUGAUUACUUGAGACUUAUGCCAAACGGCGGCUCGACAUUUUGAAGCUUCUUUCCAGGUCGGACGGACGAAUUUGGACACCGUAAACAAGUUAAAACGAGCGAAAUAGUGCUUGGCGACGAUUUUGUCAGUGAAACAGUUAUUGAAGAAGACUGGCAAUAAAAUUUUCGCAUGAGCCGAAGAUCGCUGUACAAAUUAGCUAACGAACUGAGAGUGAAUCCCAGUACGGGUGGACGUGGGCAAAUUAUAUUAGAUUUGAGUACGGAUACAUGUGGAUUUAAAAAUUUUGCGGAUUAGAAAAUAUCCGGAUACGUGUAGACGUAGACGGGACCUUAUUCGACAUUGGAUAAAACUGCACUUAAAGGAGAGCCAAGGCAGUCCAGUUCAUUUUGUUUAAUUUUGCCAGAGUUACUCGCCCUCAAUCGCUAUGGAACUUAAAGUAAGCAAAAAAAAAUAACUUGUAAAUGACACAAGCAAAGAUUCGAGACAAACAAAUAUGUCUCCUGUGCAUUAUUUUUCAAGUUACAAACAGCAGAGAGCAACUUUGAUAAACUGUUAGGUUGAACAGUUUUCAAAAACCCUAAUUUCAAUCCGUUUCAAUCUUCUUCAGUUUUGCCCAUCCGUGGCAUCUGUUGUAACUGUUGUGUUAUUUUAACCUUCCUUUAAUGUUUUAAGCGGUUAUUUUUGUUUCUCUUAAUUUAACAGGCAUUUUGUAAUUACCUAAUAUGGCUGAAUUUCGUGGCACAGCGUCUUUAAUUUUUUUUUCGUUUUUCUUAUUUUCUAACAGAACACAUCAGGCUAGUAGCCUGAGUGAGGUAAAACUUACUUUUGAGAAUCAGUCAAACAGUUUCGAGUUUUGGUAAAACUAACGCUUGAGUCUGAGAUAGAGGGGUAUAAAACAAAAGAUUCCAGCCCAGGUUUGAAUAAGUCAUAAUAUUUUGUUUAAAUUCCCUCUACCUCAGAGCCACGCACGGUCUCUCAAAAAUGAAAGUUUUAACAUGAUAAUAUUUUGUCAGUAAACUUAAAAGAUUGAAAUUUAUUAAAACUCUUCUUAUUAAGAGGUGAGAUGGUAGAGUAUAUACCUCGUUUUUUUCUUCAGACAACUCUGUCGCUCCAACAGCAGUCAUGGUACCGUUAAAUCAAACUGUUGACGUAGGUGCAUCAGCAAUCCUGUCAUGUCAGGUGACAGGACGUCCCUACACCACCAUACAGUGGAACAAAAUUGGCGGCAGCUUAACGGAGAAUCACGUAAUUGCAGAAGGCGUGCUGCGGAUACAAAACGCGACUAUUGAGGACGCGGGAACGUACGUGUGCGUGGCGCAAAACAAGAAAGGAGUCCAGCAGGCAACAGGGAUAGUUGAUGUUAGAAGUGAGUAAUACUCAAAGCACUCCUAUCGGUGAACUUGUGGAAUAGUUUGCAUGAACGCAUGGAGGGUCAGCCAGGGCUAUACUGAGAUAGGUUAUGUUAUUAAUACGCAUACCAUAAUUACCCCUUUCACUCCAGCCAAAAGUGUUACGUAACAGGGUCUACGUUGCCACUCCAAAGGCAUUAUUCAGUGAAAUCAGAAAAUCGCAACUUUACGUAUAAUGAUUUGAGGGAAGAGUUUAGUUUGCUCCCACGAUACAUUAUUUUUGCAGUUAUGAGUGCAUGUAAUGCAUCAGUAGUGAAAAAAGGAUGCGCUUUUUCUGCUUGUGCGUAUAUUAGCAAUCGACAAGAUUAGGGUUUAGUCAUAUGAAGUUUUUUACGCUAAGGUUGGGAAGGUUCUAAGACCAUAUUGCAAAAUCUCAUAUCGUCGAAGCUAUAGUUACAUUAUUUACUUCCCAUAUCCACAUUAACUCGGUACUUAUCAUUCUUUCUAUAUUUCUACGUUUCUUUCUUUCUCUCUCUCUCUCUCUAGCCAUCUUUGCCAAAUAACUUUGAUCAAAAAUUGUUUUUUAAUUGCCAUACGUUCGGAAUUUUGUUAGAUUGCGCAAUGAUUAUUAUUGUUUUUUGUUGUCGUUGUUGUUGUUGUUGUCGUUGUUAAGAACUGGAUGACGUGGCAUAACAACGAUCUUGCAUGUGGCAUGUUAGGCCGAGUUUUUUGAGACCCAGUUAGUUCUUGAACAUAUCGGUUCUUAUGGUUAGCUAUCUUAAAUUUCCUCCAAUCGGGCUUCAAGCAACUCGGCUCUGGUGUGGAGUGAAAGGGUUAAUGAAUCAGCACAAGUUGGUCUGCUCUUGAAUUCUCGAACGACUCUAUUUUGCAUUAGUGUUAAUUCCAUAAACAAGCAAUCGCCAGCUACUUAAACCCUUUCACUCCCAAAAGUGCUCUUGUUCAUAAUCCGAUUAGAUUUUUAGUGCAGUGUUGAAAACAACCACAGAAUCUGACAGCACUGCCGUAUCGUACUGCUCAGUAGCUUCCCAUCAACUGUACCACAGUAAUAUUUUCUCUUCACUCGAAAGUUAAAGCCAGUAAUUGAAGUAUUCUUGUUGUCUUUUAAAGUUUACGAGUUUUGAAAAUUACGAGAAAUUUAUGAGUUACUUUGGGAGGAAAGGGUUAAACAACGCAUGCGCGUGAUCGCUAAGAGACUUAGAGGUAUGCUCGUAAAAUAUUACCAUACAUAUGAGGCCAUAGUGCCCUCGUUACUAAAAGUAGUUUGUCAGCAUAGUAACCGCUAGUGCAAACUCAUUGACGAAAUUUAUAUGCCUGAGACAUUUUGAGGCAUGUUAAAUGAGCACAAUGCAGCCAAAUUGACUUCUGGAUCCAAAUAAAAUGUGCAUUAUUACACAUUGUCUCGUAAGUAAGCACCCCGCAUUUCUCGAUUACCAUUUUCUUUGUUUCGUUUUCAUUGCUUUAAAACUCUCUGAAUGAAUAGAUUUGAAGAAAAAAAGUACCAAAAGGAAAAAUACCAGCUGGACCUUUCCCUUGACCAAUGUCCCAUUAAAGUCUCUAAACUACAUUCUUACCAUUCGUUCUUUGAUGGGUAGGCUAUAAUUUCUUUUGAUAAAACUGCAAUUUUUACUGAUGACAUUCAGAAUAAGCGUUUUAAAAUGUUAUUGGCCUACAGCAUCCAACCGCCUAACUCAUAAAUUGCAAGCGGCCAUGUCAUCUUUCAUGCACGAAUUCUCCAUACUCGCUGAUUGUUAUAUCUUUGAUAAGUACACCCUUUUAAUGGAAUCUGAAGAAUCGCUUUUUGUAGACAGUUGACACGCCUGCCUUUCAGCCUGACUUUGAGGUUGCUUAUAACUCAUAUAUUUUUACAUCCGCCGCACCCCUAGCAUAAAACCAUAAAAUGCUGGAACAUUUCUCGAAAAUAUUACUCCAGAAAACCUAUUUAUACCAUGAACAAUGGUAAUUUUUCCUUUAGAUUUCUAAUCUGCGAUUAAGGCAAAAGGAAAUAAUCAUUGUGAAAGUGUUACUUGUUCACUUGAACUUCUAAAUUAACAAAGCAUAUUAAGUUCUAAUAAACUGUUUACGCUAGUAACGAAAAUAGAUUCCUUUUGAAUUGAAAGGAAAUAUACAACUUAACGAGAUACUUUCCAACUUAGCAUUCAUUCUCUCCACCAAAGGCGCAUGUAAGAGAUCAUCAUCAUCGGUCGACCGAACUGAGUAUCACGGUGCCCGUAACUAAAAAGAAUCAUAUCCAAAUGAAAGGGAAGUUAAUACCGGUGGCGGACCGACACGUGACUUGGCAUGAGUGUCUUACAUGCGUGACUACUUGAGUACGAUGUACUGGAGUUAGCUUAUUUGCAACUUUCCAUUCCCCAAAAUGCGGUUUUCUUUCCCACAAAUGUUUGCAUAAGUAUUGAGACUGUCAAUCGUCCCUUAUUGAGAAAUUGACGCAAUACCCAUGCGCUUUCUUUUGUGAGAAAACCUACUGUAUUAUGGGAAAGGUGAAAGUCGCAAAUGGUGGGAUUUUUUACAAGGAAAUCAGAACCACACUAUAAAUGCAUGCACAAAGAGAAUUAAAAAAUAAACUCUCUAAAAAUCAAGUGAAACCCUAUCUUUUGCAUUCAGGUGUAGAUACCUUAACACGUUGCUUACGGUGGCAGGCUUUAGAUUCACCGUUGGUAGUUGGUUUGUUGCCUUAACGGCUUUACCUCAUUAAAAAAAGAUAAUCAUAAAAUCAGUGUUGAAAGGUUUUUAAAUACUCAAUUUCACAGUUGUCCUUGGUAGAUCCCUUUCCUAGAUUGAAACCUCAAGGCUUGUCCUGUAUUGUGACCUUUCAAAUGGAGUUGGAAGCUACUGAGCAGUUUUUGGAUGGUGCCAUAAGCCGCUUUUCUGUUAUGUUUUCAUCAGAAUUGACUAAUCGUGUUUGAGUUGAAACCGUAACGAGGUUGGAAAUUUUGUGCCACUUCAUCGACUUUCACGCCAAAACUUGCCCGUGCUAUGUCGGGGCGAACGGGCAAACUGUGUUUUGAGUUUUGAUUGUGAUUUCCUGCAGCACAGAUUUAAAACUUGGCUCUGGUUUUUUUUUAUUCGGCUUUUUCGUGAUGCAAAAAGGACACUUACCGACCCAACUUGCUUUUUGCACCACUCAGUUGUUCACGGGGAAGGGAGGGAGGGAGGGCUACUUCCUAUAAUGGCCUAUAAGUGGAAGUUCCCCCUGUGCAAGUUUGUGGCGUACUCCCCUCGUACUCUCUUUAGCGAUGGACUCCAAAUGUUCGGUUGGGCAAUGCAAAAGGUCUUUACCAUAACAUUAGAGAUAUUUUAAGCCCAUCUAUAAAGCCUUGGUCUCACUUUGACUCCCAGCGAAGGUUCCACCAGAGAUAGAAAUCAUGCCUGCACCCAACCACACAGCUAUAACAGGAGAGGCAGUGGUUUUGAGGUGCGUGGUCAAAGCGGGUCAUCCACCUCCAGCUGUAGUCUGGGAAAGAGACACAAAGCAACCACUUAACAGCAGUAGCGACGGCAUAUUGGUGAUCUCCCCUGUAACUUUUGACAAUGAAGGAAUGUAUAUCUGCAAGGCGUCGAAUAUCAUUGGGUCAACUGAGGCCGUGGCCUUGCUUACUGUACAAGGUAAUUAAGUAAUGAUCCGGGUAAGGUGGAUAGCAAUUUCUUUUGUUAUGCGGCAACGGUGCUUUCCCCACACAGCAAUGUUCUCAAUUUUACACAGAGAAUGCAUAAACCUACAUGAAGGUCGUUUACGCAAUAAAAUGCACUUACACUCCACUUUGAAAUGGUGUUUUUUUGUGUUAAAAGAUUUUGACCAAUCACAAGAGUUGAAAACAAUAGCCAAGAAAAGUUUACAAUUUUACAUGUUCCCCACAUAGGAUUUCUUUGUUAUUCAAACUGAGACCAGAUUUUGUUAUAUGGAAGAUGGUUGAAAGUAAGGAUGAAUAUAUGUACCGCUUUAUGAAGUUUUGUUAACUUUUGCUGUUUAAGCCAAUCAGAAGUAAGUACCGACAAUAGAAAAGUUAGCACCUUUCUUGCAUUCCAACCUGUUCGUUGCCAUUGUUGCUAUCGUUCUUAUCUGGACUGUUACUUAAAGAAGAAGGAGAAUUCAAACACCAGAAAGCUCAGAACAAUUUUCCGAGCUCCAGGUGAGAAUCGAACUCACGACCCUCCGAGUUCUAGUUCGAACGCUCUAACCACCGAGCUUCUGGAACUCUAAUGGCGAACAGGGUCGGAAUUUAAUGUUACAAUGAGAAAAGCUCUUAUUGAAAGCUACACUGUAAGAUACCGGCCUCCCUGUCGGUUCUGUCAUUUAUGGAAUUUGCUGCAACCUGUUCAGUAGCGACUAUCUUUCAAGGGUUCGUCGCUUAUAAAAUAAGUCUUACUAAAUCCUCCUUCCUGCUUAAAUGUUCCUCAAAAGACAUGUUAGUGUGUCUCCUAAAGGUAUCGUUCAAUAAGGUUAUCAAGGGCCUGUUUACAUAGAGGUGGGGGACCCUAGAUAGGUGAAAUAGCCUGAUGUAAACGUGAUCAAAUUAAAAUGAGAUUAUAUGGACAGACGGGUAACCUCACCUAAGCGGGUUACCUCACCUACCUGCGGUCUUCCACCUCCAUGUAAUCAGGCCCUAAAAGUAACCCUAGACGUCUUAGGAAAGGGAGUGGGGAGCAAAGGCAGCAAGAAAUUUCCCCGUUAUUCAAAUACCACACGGAUUACCCAGAUUAUAACCCGGUGGUGUUCAAUUCCUGCGAGCAUGUUUUCCUUACUUCCUAUAUAUGUCUUGUUUUCCGACCUCCCCGCCAUUUUGCAUAACCUGUUUGUGGCGAAAAAUAAUGUUGUUGAGUUACCUAAUGUUUGUCUAGCCGCAGAAAAUCAGAUCCUGCAUUAACAUUAAGGAAGAUGUGUGCAAUCAUUUAGCCCUUAUAAACCUUUUGAAUUUGUUUUAAUUUACUUUUAUUUCAUCACACAGCUGAACCCAAGAUAAUGCUGAGCCCGCCCAACUCCAUUUCCGUGACAACUGGGGGGUCGGUCACUCUAGAAUGCGCAGUCGUGGGGAAUCCCCCUCCGGAGGUUCAAUGGAAAACUCAGGGAAAUUCCCAAUCCAAUUUUCAACUGAUGGUGAACGGUCCCGGAAUGUUGAAACUUGUUAUUAGAAAAGUGACUGCGGAACAUCAGGGAAAUUACACUUGUCAUGCUCAAAACAUUGUAGGGAAAACUCUGGAAACGAUUCAGUUGAUAGGUGAGUAUGUCGGGUGUCAGUAUGAGUAUGUUUCCAAUUCUUCCACUCUGUUGACAAAUUAAGUAAAAUAACUUGGUGCCACACAACGUUAUUUAAUUUGUUAUUGUUAUUGUUGUUGUUUUUUGGGGGUAUGUGUGCGGCCCGGGAGGGGGGGCACUUAGGUAUUUUUGGGGUGGGUAUGUGCCGCCCGUGACUCCAAAUUGGCACCCCGUUCUAGAAAAAAUUUCCCCUAAAAUUGAUACCCCGUUCUAGAAAUGGGCCAAUUUUUUAUACUCCGUUCAUAGUAGGGUGCAACAAGAGUACAACGGUUUGCUUGUUAACGCAUUGAACCGUAUUUUUAAAAGCAAUCUGUCCUUGAAUACUUUCAAAUGACUGCUUACAAAAGUGGAGCUUUCGUGCGUUCGAAAUAUUAUACCCCGUUCUAGAAAACCCUUCUGAAAUGGAUACCCCGUUCUAAAUCAGAAGUUUCAAAAUCACGACCCCUUUGGGCGGCACAUACCCGUAUUAUUUUUUGACGUCUGUAUUCUAAUACGGCUAAACGGGUGUGUUAUACGUCUUUAUAAUGCAGUGCGCUUCGAUUUUCAUUCUCUCUUUUCCUCAGGAAAUAAAGUGGUGUAAUUCCGGUAACAUUUGCUUUUGGUCUUUUGCUUUAAAUUUUCUCAAUGCACGGUAAACUUCCCACUAUCCCACCCGUGGUUUAAAAUUAAACUGGUUUGCUUUCCUUUUCGAAGUGUGUGGGAAUGACAUUGAAAAAUUUUAAACAGAAAACAAGGAUAGGUUGAACCACAUGUAUCAGUGUAACUGAUAUUUGCGUUGUAUAUGUAUCCAAAGUUGUUUCGGCAGAUCUCAUGACGCUUGUGUAGACUAUUUCAUGCAAAGCAAUUCCUAGAGAUCAAGUAAUGCGUGAUGCAGUGAUUCAAAAACUCUCCUUGUAAUUUUCCAUAAGCAAAGGUUGACCUUUGCUUUUUCUUUGCUCCUUAGUAAAGGUUCCACCAGAAAUAGAAAUUACACCAACCACGAACCUCACAAUUGCCACAGGAGAAUCAGUUAUUUUAAGAUGCGUGGUGAGAGCUGGUAAUCCAUCACCGUCAUUGAUCUGGGAACGAGAAGGGAAUAAACCACUGAAUAGCAGUAAAGACGGCGCCUUAGUGAUCUCUGCUGCCACUGGCGACAGUCAGGGAAAAUACAUUUGUAGAGCUACGAAUAAUCUAGGAACAUCUGAAGCCAUUGCCUUUCUUACUGUUCAAGGUAUCAUACAGAUUGUGUUAUUUAUAUCCAUUCUCCACUUAACAAGUGGCGAAUGAAAGAGCUUCGGCUGAAGUGAUAAAGGUGCUACAUCCGUUCUCGCUAAUGAAUUUAAUAAGGUACCAUCAAUUCAAUUUAAAAAAAAUAAGCUCCUUUCUUAACAUUUAAGCGCCAUUGGGACCUGUAGAAUGUUUCCACCCAAGCUCAAGCUAUGGCAGAAAUAAAUGUAUACACUCUUUUAAAAUAUAAGCCUUGAGCCGUUGUGUUUGGUUUGUAAAUUAUCACGCGCGUAACAGAGCUUGAAUUUUUGGCCAUGAAGAAUGGUGAAAAAGAAAUAAAUUCAUAGAAACCAAAGAGAAUGUAAGAUGCCAAAUAUAAAAUUGGGAUACAUAUACUGCUUUUUGUCUAUGGUUUAGGCUGUCCGUUUGUGCCACGUUGCCAAGAGGAGAGAGGAGCAAAGUUUGGCGAUAUUCAUUGAUAUUCAUGAUACUCUAUUCUACCUGUGUUGCACCACGUUCCCUGUUAUUUUUCAGCUAGGUUCUGUGUGAUGUGUGGAAAAAAACGUUUGAUUCCUGAACUGGUUUAUAAUUUCACACUGUAUCUGUCCCCUUGUGCUUUUCUUUCACAGCUGAACCCAAGAUAAUGGUCAGCCCUUCUAAUUCGAUCUCCGUGACAGCUGGUUCUUCGGUCACACUAGAAUGCGCAGCCGUGGGGAUCCCCUCCGGUGGUUCAGUGGAUACCCCAGGGACAUUCCAAUCUACAACUGAUGGAAAGCGGCCCUGGGGUGCUGAAACUAAUUGUAAAAACAUCACUUCAUCGAACCAGGGUAAUUACACUUGUCAGGCCCAGAACAUCGUAGGAAUAACCAAGGAAACAAUUCAUGUAACAGGUGCGUAAGUUGAUUUUGCCCAGGUUAUCAAAAGAGCUCUUGAAAAUGCUUUUUAGAACUUUACGCUUCUGAUCACUAGCCGGUUAACAGUGCAUGAAAAGACUGUGACCGCCGGCAACCGAAUUAAGUUAAGAAUCGCCUUCUCAUGGCUAAGGCGUGUCCGGGACUGAAAGACGAUUGUUUUCGGUUUUAAUAUUUCUUCACUCAGAGCCUUAAAUUGCCACUGCUUACGAAACACAUCAUGAUAAAUCAGCUUCCUUUUAGGAAAUAAAACGACUUCACUAAAUCCUCAAAAGCCUUAGCAAACGCAAGAAAUUUACGUCGGUUUACGUCGUUUCCACUUAACUUAGUUGUUGUGAUUUGCCAGGACGAAGAAACAAUAUAGGACACAGCGUUGAAAUAACUUCACACGCCAUGGUAAUUAUUUUGGUUCCACUUUUACCCAAAUGUCUUGAGUUUGGAACCAAAACACGAAGUCCUUUGAUGAGUGAAUUCUCAUCAGUUUGUUGACCUAAGUAUCAUCGAAUGCAUCAUCGAAUUUUCUCCGUGUGGCAUUUCCCAUCACUCUCAAACCAAAGAUACUCUAACCUCAAACCCUGUCUAAAAUCUGCAAUUGCCACUAGUUAAGUAAUUAAAAGUGUUACGAGUAAUAAUAGUAACAAUAAUAAUUAUAUAACAACAAAAUCUUGAAUCUUCAGUAAAGGAUAUGCCAAGAAUAGAAAUCAGGCCAGCACCAAACCUGACAGUGAGCGGUGGAGAUACUGUGAAUCUAACGUGUGCGGUAAUUGCGGGUAAUCCAACCCCGACUGUGGUCUGGGAACGAGAAGGAAAUAAACCGCUGAACAGCAGUAGUGAUGGCGUGUUAGUGAUAGCUGCUGCCAGUGGUGUCAGUCAAGGAAAGUACAUCUGUAGAGCGACGAAUAUUCUGGGGUCCACUGAGGCAGUCGCCUUUCUUAUUGUUCAAGGUACAAUUAUCUGGCAACGCGUUAUAAAAUGUACGUCACGAAAUAGGAAAUUUUUAAGAUAUAACGUCAAUGCUCUCUGAAAGCACACCAUUUUGCAUUAGAGUUUAGACCUCUCAAAUGAAAAAUUAAUAAAGUUAUGCAUUUGUUUAUUUAUUCAUUUAUAGACCAUACAAUACCCUAUUUGUCUGUAAGAUAGAGCGUUUACCGUAACUAGCGACCAGCUCGGCAAGAUUCACUAAAGGGUCUCGCGUCUUCUUCCGUAACGUUUACCCCCAAUGACCGCCCGUCAUGGUAAGCCGGUUCUUCCAGGACGAUCUUACUGUAAAACGGGGGACUGCAAACAACCUUAUCAAUUCUAUUAACCAUUUAAUCUAAUUAAAGGCGCCCUUGGUAGCAACUUUCAGUCUCAGUUAUGAUGAAUUGUUUUGGCUAAGCGUUCAAAGGCUAGUGUCUCUUGUACAGAAGCAAAAACACAAUGUAGAAAAGCAGUGCAUAACGCUACUUCUGGCUUAUGCUUUCAUGGGCCAUAGCGCAAGUUUCUGCGCCAAUACAAUAAAGCACAUUUCUUUAAUACACAGGUGAGCCAAAGAUAAUAGUGAGCCCUUCCAGUCCCGUAUCAGUUAAAGCUGGCAGCUUUGUCUCUCUAGAAUGUGUAGCAGAGGGAAAACCCACCCCAGAUGUUCAAUGGGAAACUCAGCUUAAAUCUCACUCCAGCCUUCAGCUGGGGGAACGUGGCCGUGGUGUCUCAAAACUGGUAAUUGAGACCGUGGGUCCAGAAGAUGAGGGCAAUUACACCUGUCAGGCUCAAAACAUGGUAGGGAAGACCCAGGAAACUGUUCAGUUGAUAGGUAAGUUCGUAGUGAGACCAGUUGUAAUACAGGUUAUUGUUGAAGUUUGUAAGUUUCUUUGCCAACUUAGAGCUGGAUAUAACAAAAGGGCAUCGGACAAUAGAUGGAAUUGCCCACUAGAGGACAAGAAAAUUAAUGUGGCUUGGUAAUUAAUACAGGCGCUAUGAUAUCUUCAUGCUGAUAUUUUUGUGGAAACGUUGUGUGGAAAACUUUGUCAUAGCUCAAUGUGCCAGUUUUAAUGACGAAGUUACCUUAACUCAGCAUGUCAUUUGCCUGAGAACGUUUCUGGUUUUUCUGACUAGAAUGAUGUUCUGGUGGGUAAUACCGGUAUGUCCUUUUUCCACCGUUCUGAAUGAAAUACCUAAAACAGACCUAAUAUUUGCAGCUGUGCUAUUCUUAAUUAUCAGCCCAGCAGCCUGACCGCCUCUACCCCCGACUGAAUCUUUACAGGCUCAUUUUUAGCCCCGCUCGGAUGAGAAGCCAUGAAGUGUACGAGGGUACGAUAAGCCCUGAUAUCAUGCAUAUGGUUACCAGCCUCAGGGCUGAAAAAUCACCCACCUUAAACUAAUCUUAGCUGUCCUAACAGUUAACUCUGAAAUCAGUCUUUUUACUUUCAUCUGUUAGUAAAGGUGAUGCCAAAAAUAGAAAUCAUGCCAGCGAGAAAGCUGACAGUCACAGGUGGAGAGAGUGUAACAUUCAGAUGCGUAGUGAAGGCGGGCAACCCGCCUCCAUCGGUGGUCUGGGAAAGGGAGCAAAAUAAACCGUUGAACAGCAGUGACAACGGCGUCUUAGUGAUCUCUCGCGCGUCCGGUGACAGUGGAGGCAGAUAUAUUUGUAAGGCGACAAAUAUCCUAGGGUCAACUGAAGCAGCGGCUUUGCUUAUUGUUCAAGGUAAAUUUUAAUCUAACACAAGCCAAGGGCAACUACUCUACAAAUACCUAUCUUGUUUCUGACAACCCUUUUCAAGAACCACCACCCAAAACAUCCAAAACUCUUCUUGUGUGUUCGUUUUUUUUUCUUGUCCGUCUUUUAUUACUAUGAAUUCCUGAAGACAAACUUCACGAGGAAAGUAAUGGCCAGUUGUCGUUUUAGCCAGAUCCUUAUCUUUACUUCACUUACAACAGCACGAGUAAGCAAUGACUACAUUACCCAAGGAGAAAUUAAAACAAUACUUAUAAUUAAGAGUUUUAAGGGGACAAACAACGAAUAUCUUGACCAGUGCUGAAAUGGCGAGACUUUUCAACAAGAAAGUAUCUCGUUUCUUCCUUUUUGAAACCUGUAUUCAUGUGCCAGUGAUAAAGCUUAUUUUAUGGCAUCUUGAAGGUAGUGACUGCACAAUUACGGUAUGGUUUGCUUAAUUGUUACACAGGUGAACCCCAGUUGAUAGUAAACCCUUCCAGUCCAGUCUCCGUGACAGGUGGAAGCUCGGUCACGCUGGAAUGUACAGCUGCAGGGAGCCCUCCUCCAGUAGUCCAAUGGAUUAUUGAAGGGCAUCCUCGGUCUAAUCUGCAAAUAAGGGAAACCAAUCGUGGGGUGUUGAAGUUGAUUAUUGAAAAUGUCAGACCGGAAGACCAGGGGAACUUUACCUGCCAGGCAGAGAAUAUUGUAGGAUUGACUCAGGAAAGUGUGCAGUUAACAGGUAUAUUCCUUAUGCAGUGUAAUGGCAGCAAGGUACUGAGAAAUUAAGGACUCGCUAAAUGUCCUUCUCAGACAUCCGAAAUGUAAACGAUCGUAAACAAAUCAUUUCCUCUUUUGCUUUCCACCAUAUCAUGAACCUGGAACUGGUUAUCAUAGAAUAACAAGGUUUCAUUUGUUUUUCUUAGGUUUUCUUGCGAAAUUGCAACCACUGUUUCCUCAUAUUUGUUAAUCUAAUCAUCCAAUGUUGACAUUAAAGAUUCCUUAUUGUCGAGGAGUGUCUGUGUCUAGCCUGACAAAACAGCUGACAUUUCGAGACGCCAUCAACGGAGAAUACGUCUAAGGAACGGGUGCAGAAAUUUCAUACUAAUGAUGUGUCACUACCCAGAUCUGGAGAGUGCCAACCAAAAUCACUACCCAGGUCAGAGUAGUAGAACGUCAUUAGUAUAAAAUUUCUUCACUCGUUCAUCAGACGUCAUUUCCAGGAAAACCAUUAGUGGUGUCGCGAGAUGUCGGCAGUUUUUUCAUGCUAGGCUGUGUCAGGAUGUCUGUCAUUUUACUUUAAUUUAGAAGAACUUUUGAUAUUGUCCUUACUUUAAUUAAAGGAAGCUUUAAUUUUAGGUCAAACUUGUUUUCAAAGAGGAUUGUAUGACGUGAUAUUUUAAGCAUGUGGCGUAUGUGUGGAAACUUUUUCACACUUAUUCAGCUUAGAACAAAACUAAUGAGUGAUACAAAAGUUGAACUAAAUUCAUGUUUUGUUUUUCUCCAUUGACGAAAUAUGACAUAAGGUUAUUCUGAUUCCUUCUAGUAACUGUUCCACUAGAACCACCAGAGAUCGUCUUAAAUUCUGUUUCACAAACUGUCAUCGAAGGAGCAGACGUGGAGUUUCGGUGCAAUGCGUCCGGCUUACCAGCUCCGACCAUUGUCUGGGAAAGACUGGGUUCUAAUUUACCCAAUGACGCCCUUGAUAGAGAUGGAAUACUGAUGAUCCCGUCUGUCGCUGCAGAAGAUGCUGGGACGUACUCCUGUAAAGCAGUUAAUAGUGAAGGGCAGGACAGUUUUAGUGUCAAGUUGGAAGUGAUAGGUACGAUUAAGGAAAAAAUUGAACCUAAGAAAAGAGAGGAUAAAGUUUCUCGAAUCCAGGCUAAUCAAAAAUAUUACUGAGAAAAAUCACGUUCAGAAUCCAAGUUAGAGACAUUCAAAGGUUUUAUUUCUUGUUGCUGAACAAGAAGAUACAUCUCCCACAAAUUUCAACGCAAAACAAAUUUUAACGUCAAUUAUCAUUGAUCGUGUAUCAUUUCGUAGAAGCAUAUAAUUGAGUUACACAUUUUAUCCUGGCGAAGUACAACGAUGCCGCCAACUGGAGGUUUAAAGGCCAUUUCUUUAGGUACCACUUUGACCAAUAAGGCAUCCUGUUUCUGAGCCUUCCAUAAAAAAAAAUGGUUCCUUCUUCAUAUGCUUUAAUAUGAAGAGGGGCUUUGAUUAAUAACUAAGGGACUUUCCCUCACUUUCGCUUGGUAACAGUUCAAACUAUAGGAUAUUUCAAAAAAGCCCUUUUUAAAUACGAAAUGGCACAUGUCCUUACCCUUUUCUGUACUACAAACAGUCAAAUACAGUCAAAUUUCCCUUACGCAGACACCAUCGGCAAGCAAAAAGGUAAUUUCAUUGGGAGCUGGCCGGUAACAAAUCAUGCUUUUGUAGUGAAGUUCCUAAUGGGAAGAUUUGUUAAGGUGGCCGUAAGUGAAGCUGUCCGCUUGAGGCAUAUCGUACGUCCGUCAAAAGAUAAAAGACCUUAGACUGCUACUACCCUGUUAUACACCUCUCCCAUUAGAUCUUUUCAACGUAAUUAUUACUAUCAACGAUUCCAAGUAAUGCUGUUUUUUGAACUCGAGGUUUUUAACAUUUUCCAAAGGUUUCGAAAACAGUGAAAAAAUGGAACGCCACCUUUAGGAACUUUUAGGAGAAACGACAAAUUUAAAAAGGUAGCCAUGUGAUUGAAUAUUCAAGACUGAAAUUUUGUUUUCUUUUCUUCCCCAAACUUGAUUCCUCCUGUUUUAUGAGCAUAAACUUAAACGCAACAUCUGAAGGAUCAAGGAGACAAAAUAUAGUGAGUUGUAUUAAGUUGUCAUACCAAGCCUCGAACCCCUUUUAUUGUGUCUUCUCACCAAGGCAGAAUUAUGAUUUUUUUUUUACCAUAAAACUCGCAAAUAGUGAACUGACCUAUGUCUACAUUUAAGUGAUAAAACAAUCCGAACCCUACCUGUUUCUUUUUUCUUUUUUUCAACUAGUGCCUCCUCUAAUCGACGUGACUCCCUCCGAGAUCUCCGUCAAUCAAGGAACCUCCUUUAACAUCUUUUGCAUUGUUAGGCCAUCACUUGCAAUCACGUGGUCAAAACUCAAUGUUAGUUUCCCAAACGGCAUCGUGAGCGACAAGGGGACCUUAAAAGUCAGUGAGGCGAAACUGAAACAUGCAGGAACAUACCGCUGUUAUGCUAACAAUUCAGCGGGCUCCAGUGAAGGCUUUGCAAGCGUCGUCGUGUAUGGUAGGAACCUUUAGGGGCCGUUAAUUUAAAAAAAUAUCGCAGUAUAUAUAAAAAAGUGCAUACCUCAAGAGUUAAGGUAAUAAAAGUUUUAAUUGUAAAAACACAAAUUAAAAAAAGGCCUUUCAUCCCUUCUUCUUCUCUCUCAAUGACUCCCAUUUAUCAUUUUUCCCUUUUAUUUAGAAAGAAACAUUCUAUGUUGUACUAUAAAUUCUAUAUUGUACUACAAAUGAUGUUUUUUUGUGAUGGCAGUGAAAGUGUCUUUGAAAUAUACGUUCGAGUCUUGUUGCUCUUUGCAUAUCGAUUAUCUUCAUUAUUUAUCAACUUAUAUUUGGGAAAUCAGUGCUAACCAACACGCUAGUCAAUUUUCAGUUUCAUCCCAUGUUCAAUUUGUCCUGGCUUUUUGACUGACUUUCGUUCUGAUAUCUCAGCUGCACCAAAAGUGGUGGCCUGGCCUAGAUCUUUUGAAGCAGCUCAUAAAUCCAAUGUUACAUUUCACUGCAACGCGACUGGCAUACCCGACCCGGUGAUCUCCUGGUCAAAAGAGGGAAGCGACAUUCCCUUACGACACUCAGCUGGUGUCUUGAGUCUUACAGGAGUUAUCAGUGACGAUAAUGGUCGAUACAUCUGCACAGCAAAAAAAUGCUGCUGGAACUUCUACAACAUCUAUAGAACUCACUGUCGAAGGUUUGUUAGAGCUUCGCUUUGAAGAAAAAGAAGUCACUUUCUGUUCAUCUCGAUCCCCUUUUUAUGCUUAUUUCCCCUUAUCAUGCUUAAGUUCAUUGGUCCGGUUCACGACCCCAUAUUCUAAAAGUACAGUGUUUAAUUAUAUCAUAACCAAAAAUUAAUGUCCACAAAUCUUUUUCAAAUGUCGAGCCGAUUCAUUGCACUCUAAUUAUAUUAUGCUAUACCCUUGAGUUUAUCCAAUUGUUAUUGUUAUCAUUAUCAUUAUUAUUAUUAUUGUUGUUGUUGCUGCUGUAAUUAUUACUAUUGUUAUCUUUAUCGUUUUUGUCAUUGUAUCAGUAUCAUAAUCAUUAUCAUUAUUACUAUCAUUAAAUCAUUCGUAUGAGUAGCCAUGUAAUCAUAUCCUUUUCAGAUCUACCCAGUGUGGUUAUAACAGGUGGAACCUCCGUCAAAACAGUUUCAGUAGGAAAGAAUUUGACUUUAGAAUGCAUCGCGAAUGGAACCCCACAAUCAGAAAUACAAUGGACCCGCGUCGACGGUCUGUUGCCCGAGGGACUCAUUUCAAAAGGAGGACAGCUUAUUUUUCCGCACGCGCGGCUUGCCUAUGGUGGUGUAUAUAG